AUGGCUCCCAAGACUGACAAGCCCGCUGCCGGCAAGGCCCCUGCCAAGACCACCGAAAAGAAGGUCAAGGGUGGUGACAAGAAGCGCAAGGUCUCCCGCAAGGAAACCUACUCGUCCUACAUUUACCGUGUCUUGAAGCAGGUCCACCCCGACACUGGUAUUUCCAACAAGGCCAUGUCCAUUCUCAACUCGUUCGUCAAUGACAUUUUCGAGCGUAUUGCCUCCGAGGCCUCCAAGUUGGCUGCUUACAACAAGCGCUCGACCAUCUCGUCGCGUGAGAUCCAGACUGCCGUUCGCUUGAUCUUGCCUGGUGAAUUGGCCAAGCACGCCGUCUCCGAAGGCACCAAGGCCGUCACCAAGUACACCAGCUCCAAAUAA